AUGAGUAAAACAGCUCCAUCGUUGACAAAUGUUUCGCUCGUUAAAAAGAACAUCAAAGCAGUCAAGAACAUCCCAAAGGAAUUUACCUCAAACGCUGGAAAGAUUUUAAGUCUUGAUAUUAGUUCAAACGAAAUGACGUUUUCCUCAUUAACUCAACUCAACGUUUCGUCAAACAAUUUAACGGAAGUUCCACCAAUUUUAGUUGAGAUUCAAAGUCUCAAAUCUCUCAUUUUUGCAAAUAACAAAAUUCUUGUCAUUCCCGAAUUUUUAACUCGAUUGUCUAACAUUGAAGAACUAGACUUUACUAAUAACAAAUUGAAUGAAGUUCCCCUCUACAUCGAUUCCUUUCAUAAAUUGCGAACAUUAAAUGUCUCAUAUAAUACUAUUGAUAGAUUACCAAAGGCUUUAGUUAACAUUACAACAUUAAAAAACUUCAACAUCUCCGGCAAUUUAUUCGACGCAUUCCCGACACCCAUCCAACAGAUGUUCACAUUGUCUUCACUCUGUUUUGUCGACAACAACAUCGUGGAGUUCCCAGAAGUCAUAACGGGCCUUACCAAUCUCGAGGACAUUAAUUUCAGAAAUGGCCGUAUAACUCACUUUGUCCCCAAUGUCUUAGAAAAGAUGACGAAACUGACUUCCCUCAAUUUAAAGGCAAAUUCCCUCACAAUGGCUCCCCAAGUCUCUCCCCUCACCAAUUUGAAACAAUUGUUUAUAACGGACGUUUUUGUGACGGAGCAUUUUGAGUUUCCGAAACUGGACAAGGCGACACUCCUUGAAACGAUUUGCAUAGAAAACACCAAUUUUAAGAAGUUUCCGUCCCUUCUGAAUUUGACGAAAUUGACAUAUGUGAAGGUUGAGAGGAAUGCGUUUGAAGAGAUCUUGGAAGUCCCCCGGCGGUGUCAGUUGUUGUGUAAAAAGAACAAAAUCAGUACAGUGACGGUGCAAAAGAAAGUAGAGAUUCCAUCAAUGGAUUUGUCGUACAACUUAUUAAUUAAAAGUCCGGACUUGAGUCCCGCGGAGUCGAUUCUUUCAUUGGACAUGUCAUAUAACACACUCAAUUGUGUCGAGAAGUCCACCUUCCACAAAGGAUUGAAGGAAAUUCGACUGAGUGGAAAUCCUUUGAUGCAAUUGCCUGUUGACAUUGGGUUGAGUACUAACUUGUCAGCAGUGUAUAUAGCAGACUGCCAACUCUUUGAGAUCUCCCAAAGUGUUGCACACAGUAUGUGUAAUAUCCAAGUCUUGGACAUCUCGUGUAAUAGAUUCAUCUCAUACGAGAAUUUCCAGAACUUCUUGAAACUGGAGGAGUUAAUCGCCUCGUCAAACAACAUCGAGCAAUUCCCCCCGCAGUUCUUGGAAUUGACGAAAUUGAAAAAGCUAGUGAUCAAUAAUAACAAGAUCAAAGUCAUUCCCGAGAGUCUCAAGAACUUCAAAAAUCUUAUUGGUGUCGACUUCUCGAUGAAUCAACUCCAAACCAUCACAGUCUUGGAAACAAUUGGGACAUUAAAUGAUAUCGACGUCUCUUAUAACUUCAUUACUAAAGCCCCAAAUUAUGAGACCUGGACACAAUUGAGACACUUCGACAUGACUGGAAACCCUUUGAUGGACGCGACACCGUUAAGUCUUGUUUCAAAGAAAAUCGCUUUUCUCUCCGCCACGCUAAUCGUCCAGAGGAACUUCUUUGGUGACUUUGAAUUGUCCGAGCAAAUCGAAGACAAAAGUCUGAAGAAGUUACCGGAGAUCGUCAGCCAGUCGACGGAAAUUAAGAGCAAAAAGUACACCAAGCCGCCGAAAUACACAAAAGACGACUUUAGGUUCAAUUUAGAGGCGCAUUCGGAGGUCGGCAUUUCAAAGAGUCAAACUGAAAGUGUUUCUGUUGCUUCCACAUAUGUUCGGAAUGUCAUUGGAGAUGGUGUUUUAGUAGCUUUGUUUGAUGGGAUACGUGGUGGGAACACGGCCAAAUUUUGUUCUGCGCAUUUUGUCGAGUUCUUCUUAGCGAAGAUCCAAGAGGGCAAAAUAGAUGAAGGCUGGGUGAAGAGUUCAAUUGGACUCACUUUCGAGAAACUCAACGAGAAGGUUAAAAAUGUUGAGAAGACUGAUGGAGCAUCUGUUGGAGUGAUGAUGUGGCAUAAAGGGAAGUUGCAUGUUGCGAAUGUUGGGGACACUCGGUGUCUUGUUAUCCGUGAGAGCGACUGUUUACAAUUAACAACGGAGAAUUUGUGUACGGAGAAGACUGAGAAACAGAGAAUUAAGAAUGAAGGGGGGGUCGUCGAUGAGUUCGGGAAGAUCAAUGGGAUCAUCGGAGUGACUAAAUGUAUUGGUAACUUCGAUAUGGCAAAUUUCGUGAAGUGUACCCCAGACAUUACCUCUUAUGACGUCACUAAGAACGACUUGUUUUCUAUUGGAAUCAAUCGAAAUAUUUGGGAUGUCCUUUCUAAUGACUUUAUUGCACAAGUCGCACGAAACUUUAGAAACUUGCAACCUCCCGCAAUAGCAAGUUUAAUAAAAGAUGAAGCAAGGCAAAGAGGUGCAACGGGAAAUUUAGUCGUCUCGGUCUUGUGCUUAGAGUACUUUUAUGAAAAGAAUAAUGAGCAGUAA